AUGGGUCGCACUCGAACUAAAAAGACUAAGCAGGUCAAGUCAAACCCAAGUUCUGUACCGGGUUCCUCUGCAACUGAGCCAAGCAUCGAAUCUCUAUUCGAGAAAGCUCAAGAAUUGUUGAUUCAAUGCAACUAUGACCUUGCGCACCGAUUUGUACAACGAAUACUCGAGCGAGAUCCAACCAAUAUCGAGGCGAGAGAGAUGAGUGCGGUAGUGGAUCUAGAAAGGGGAGAAAUCGAGAGUGCGAGACAGAUAUUCCUAACUCUUGUUCCUCCAUCUUCAACUGCUCCUAGUCCCCCUCCACACUCUGCAUACCUUUACCUCGCACAACUGAGCGACGGUCCCCACGAAGCGCUGAGUCACUACAAAGCCGCUGUCGAUCUGAUCGUGAGCCGGGUGAAUUCGGGAAGUGACCUGAACGAAGAGGAAAAGGGCGAAUUAAAAAAGACAGCGGCAAAAGCUCUAGUUGCGAUGAUUGAAAUUUGGAUGUCAGAUUUAUGUAUGGAACCCGAGGCCGAGUCGCAGUGCGAUUCUCUCAUUGCUCUAGCCCGCUCGACAGAUUCUGGUAAUGCCGACGUACUCCAAGCUGAAGCAUCCAUACGUCUAUCACAGUCUCGACCGGAAGACGCUCGACAAAGUGUAUCAGCUGCUUGGGCGACAUGGCGAGAUCUCCCACCUGGAGAUCCGCGGAUACCCGAGGGAGAAACCCGACUUCAACUCGCGAAACUUAUGCUUGAGCUCGGAUUGAAUGGGGAUGCAUUGGAGAUUAUUGCGGGUGUGGUUGCAGAGGACGAUCAAGAUGUAGAAGCAUGGUACCUUGAAGGGUGGUGCUUAUGGGGUAUGGCUGAGCGUGUCAAGGCCGGAGAGAAAUUGGAAGGGGAGACCGGUGAAAAGGGGAAGGAGAAGCAGGAGGCCUCGGAUGAUGAAUUGAACUGGGAGGAACUCGCAAGGGAUGCACGAGAUUGCCUCGAGACUUGUAAAAUGUUGCAUGUUGGACAACAACACGCCGAUAAGCCUAUGCUGGAUCAUGUAAAUGAAUUGCUCGCCAAACUGGAUGAGCUCGGAAUCAAACCCUCGUCCGAGCAUGGUGAAGAAAACGACGACGAAGGAUGGGUGGACGAAGACGACGACGUUGAAAUGUCCUAG